AUGAAGAUAGCAGCUGGUGCAGCAAAAGGCUUGGAGUAUUUGCAUGAUAAGAUGAAACCACCAGUUAUAUAUCGUGAUCUGAAAUGCUCCAACAUUUUGCUCGGGGAAGGAUAUUAUCCCAAACUAUCUGAUUUUGGAUUGGCGAAAGCGGGCCCGUCUGGAGAUCAGACACAUGUCUCCACCAGAGUGAUGGGCACGUAUGGAUAUUGUGCACCUGAAUACGCGGUGACUGGCCAGCUGACUUUCAAGUCGGACAUUUACAAGCAAUAUCUCGUUGCAUGGGCUCGACCGUUGUUCAAGGACCGGAAAAAAUUCUACAAAAUGGCUGAUCCGGAACUGGAAGGUCAAUAUCCCGUGAGAGGCAUAUACCAGGCUCUUGCAAUUGCUGCAAUGUGUUUGCAGGAGCAACCCAACAUGCGGCCCCUCAUUGCAGAUGUUGUUACAGCACUGAAUUACCUUGCAUCCCAGAUAUAA